AUGGCGUCUCUACUUACAUAUGUCAUGAUUUUACUCUUGAAUGUGUUUGAACUUUCAAUGGGAAUAGUUUAUAAUAAAGGUGAGGCGGUGAACCAUUUUUCUUGUUCCAGCACAGGCUUCCCCAAACCAAAUGAAAUAAUCAAGCUGUUUCUUUCCACCAAGGAUUUGAAAAUCAUCUGUUUUUUCCAAACUGAAAAUGAAUUUACUUCAAAGGGAAGACUGAGUGUCUUUACCUCAGGAGGCCUUGCUCCCAGCUUGAUAAUCAUGAAUAGCACAUACUAUGGCAUCUUCCACUUUAACCUGACACUGGUCAGUGAUCAGGUUUUCUGGUUAAUUACCAUUCCUAGAGAAAACAUCACAGGAAACACAGAUAUUGCAGCUGUAGAAGAAUGGGUAGUAAGGAUAACUUUACAUGAAGGAUUAAAUAUUUAUGAUACUGAGGGGACCCUAUUGGAUAUUGUCCGAGAGCCAGUUCUUCAGUGGAAUCUUGGGCCCAUAAAGACCAUAAAACAAAUCAAAAGAUUGAUUCCGUACGUGGUAGAUAUCAGUGUGACAAAGUGCCCCUGUGCCAAUGACGUGGCAUUAAUUGGACUUACUUUGGAUUCAUCACAAAAUGGUAUUUUCAUUGGCGUAACAUUUUCUGGAUUUUGGAAGUAUGAUGAAACCAUAUGGUAUGACCUGACAAAUAGUAUCUAUGAUGAACUUAAAGAAGAACACAAAGGGCUUACACUGAUAGAUAUGGUUUUAACAAAUCGCUUUUUGGUUCUCCUCACCUCUUUGGGUCUUUUUGUAAGUACAGAUCUUCGCUAUCCACUUACCUCAUACUUAAAGCUUUCCAGGGCUAACUUUUGUGGUUUUGAGAGGGUUGACUACAUCAAAGGAAAACUGUGGUAUAAUGAAAAGUGUUUUGCUAACAGAGAAGAUUUUGAAGUUGAUUACAUCACUAUCACGUUUGACAGAAACAGGACUCUAAGUGAGUCAAGUGCUUGUUUUUAUGGUAAAGAACCAUUUCUUGAGUGGUGGCCUUGCUUACCUUCCACUUUUAGAGGCGCAAAAAAUGUUCGAAGUGUGAUAACAUUUCUUAUUGACCAAGAACGUGACACCGGGAUUUAUUUAUUCUAUAACCAGCGUAAUAAACAAAUUUCUGUCACUGUGACCAUCCUAACUAAUGAACGACCAAAUUCCCGACCAAAAUUUCCAAGUUUCCGGUUUCCUGCCUCAUUCUCUUCCCCUGUUGGAAUGGUGUUUCAUCCCCGAAGCCACUUUCUGUAUGUUUAUGGCAAUCAGGUUUGGCUUUCAAUGGAUGGUGGGAAUGCUUUUGAAUUAAUAAGUGACUUGCAUGGUAAUAACGUAAGGAAGACUGCUCAUAGUUUUUAUACUUCAGAUAUUACUUUUAUUACCCAGAAUGGAAAGAUUUACAUGACAAAGGCAGGAUUAGGAAGAUAUACUAAGAUUGGAAAACUUAAUGAUAAAAUCUUCACAUUGUACUAUGACCACUUGGGAUUCAUACACAAACUGAAUCCAGAUCACUUUGACCCUGGUCCAAAACUUAAAGCCUUUGGGACUUCUACCAGUAUUUUUGAUCAGAGUCCUGAUUUGGGAUUUGAAACUGCACUUGCCCCACAGUAUAUCUCUCCCAGGGAGAUACUUUUUUUUGCUUAUGUACCUCAAAAUGAGUCUCCCUCCACUAUGUAUAAAAAGAAGUUCAAAAAUAUUCACUAUGGAAAAGCAAUACACUUCAGUAAAAAAGGAAUAGCUUACAUCAGAAAAGUAUUCUUUCACAAGUCAAUACUUGAAGGAUUUUAUUCCUCAGUUCUUGCAGAACUAAUAGAGCCUUUUGGUGUCGAGGAAGUGGGUGACAGCCCUUGUGUGGCUAGUUCUAUCUCCAUUAAAUCUUCUGGGGAGAACAUAUACAGACUGACUCUUCAGUCAACUGAUCCCAAAGAUAUAUUUAUAGAUACAGAUGUAGAGAAGACAGUGGUGAUACCUGGUUAUAGCAGUUUUCUGAUCACACGCAUUGUAGAUAGUAAGAAUGUUGAAUCGCUGGCUACCAUGCCUAAAGCUGUAUACCCAAAUAUGGACUUUGCGGCAGAAUCUUGGUUCUUAUACAACUUUGGACAAAGUAGUGGACGGAAGUGGACUAUAGAUGUAAAACCUUGUAAUUACUGGUUUCAACAAUUCCAGUAUGAUUUUCUGUCCCUCAACCUUAUAAAAUACAUUGAUGUGGGAAACAAAAAGAAAUUUGAAGUUAAGAUUAUACCUAAUACAAAAGGUAUAAAAACGCUCAAAAUCCCAACGAUAAAACUGGUCAUUGGAAACCCAGAAUUAUUGGAAAUUGGAUCAGAAGGCUAUUUUGAUAGUACUACUGAUAGUUACCAUAUGACAAUUCAUGUAGCCAGCAAAUUGUCACGCAAAGGCUCCACUUCCCUAGCUCUGGUUAUGUGGGAAGCAUCAAUGGAGUGCUUUCUUACUACGCUGGUGCCAACGAUGAAAAGUAGCUGCAGUUAUCUCAGAACUAUGCAUCAUAUUCCUAGCAGAGCUAUCCCAGCUGAAGACUGGCUUAGUGGAGUUCACAAAGACAGUCAGGGUUUCAAUAUGAUCAAAACUCUGCCGAUAAACUACCGGCCUCCAUCAAACAUGGGGAUUGCUAUUCCACUCACAGAUAAUUUUUAUCAUGCGGAUCCCAGCAAACCCAUACCAAGAAAUCUAUUUCACAAGUCGAAGGAAGUUGGCAAAUACAAACAGUGUGCAAAUGUCUCUAGACGGGAGGACUGUAAUUGUACAAAUGAUCAGAAGUCUUCACAUGCUGUUGCUUUCUCAGAUUGCAAAGAAAAAGUUCAACGUUUCAAGUUUCCAGUCACAAACUAUCCAGUUGUUUUGGAAAUUAUUAGUGAAGAAAAAAUCCCAGUGAAACCGCCAUAUUUGGUGACUGUGACUGAGGUGAACAUGAGGAAAAACUGGCAACUAAAACACACUGUACCAGAAAAUGUUAAGAAAAUGAAAGAUCGCUUAGAAACAGCACUUCAAACUUCGGUAUACAAUCCCUUCGGUCUCAACCUAAGUAUAAGGGGCUCCGAGCUGUUUCACUUCAGAGUGUCUGUUGUUCCAGGGGUCACCUUUUGUAACUUGGUUGAAGAAUUUCAGAUUUACGUUGAUGAAGUGCCGCUGCCAUUUCCAGGACACACGCUAAUUGCUGUCACAACAGCCGUAGUGCUGGGGGGCUGCAUUUUUACAGCCUUUAUACUCCAGCUGCAUAACAUCCACCCAUUGAAGGCAUGCCGAAGAUGUAUUAGAGGAAACACAGUGAACCUAUCGAGUAUAAGUGUCAGAUAA